AGAAAGAAAAAUGCUGCACAAUUUCACUUAUAUGUAGAAUCUUAAAAAAAUUAAAAAGAAGAAGUAAGAAAAAAGUCAAAUACACAGACAAAGAAUAAAAUGGUGGCUGCUAGGUGUGGGGAGUGGACGGGAAGAGGGAAAUCAAAGGGUACGAAGUUGCAGAUAUAUAGGAUAAAUAAUUUAGAGAUCUAAGGUACAACAUGAGGACUGUAGUUAAUAACACUGUAUUAAAGAUUUUUGCUAAGAGAGUAGAUUGUGGGUGCUCUUGCUACAGUGCACAAAAAAGGGUAACUAUAUGAGAUGAUGGAUAUGUUAAUUUACUUGACUAUUUAAAAAUUUUACUACAUGACAAAAAUUCUGGAGUUGAAAAUGAAAAAUUAAAGAGGGGUUCAACAGCAUAUUUGAACUGACAGAAGAAAAAAAUCCAUGAACUUGUAAACAGGUUAAUUGAGAUUAUCUAAUCUAAGCAACAGAAAGAAAAAAGAAUGAAGAAAAAUGAACGUAACUUUAGAGACCUGGGGGACACACUCACGCUACUAGUAUUCACAUAAUAUGAGCCCUAGAAGGAGAGGAGACAGAGAAAAUGGAUGAAAGAAUAUUUGAAGAAAUAAUGGCCCAAAACUUCUGAAAUUUGAUGAAAAACGGCAUCAAAUCUGCAUAUCCAAGAAGCUCAACAAUCUCCAAGUAGAAUAAACCUCAAGACCAAGACACAUCAUAGUCAAACUAUCAAAAGCCAAAGACGAAGAAUCUGGAAAGCAGCAAGAGAAGUGAUUCAUCCCACACAAAGCCCCCACCAGAACAUGACUUCCUAGAACCAUGCUCCCGGAACCAAUGCUGACAGAAUCUAAGGUAACAAUCACUUGUGAGUCAUCAACAGCACUGCCCUAUCAGUGAAGUCAAAGAUUGAAGAGGAACUCUUUCAAACCUUUCAAGUGCCCCCUCCUUUCCUUAAAGUCUUUUAUAGGGGUCCCCUUCUUGGCCAUCUCCAUCCUGUGAGUCAGGACUGAAAGGGCACAGACAGGUCACUGCCAGCAUUGUUGGGGCAAGCCUGCAAGCACACAUCACUGGGGAUCUGACAUGACAAUGGCCGCCUGCCCCCUCUGAGGGCUACAGGACUUACCCCAGUGGGAAGCAGCUAAGCAGGUCUGACCAGCCGACCUGGACCUGGCCAAGGGUCCUGUCAUCCCUCAUGGCCACCCCACCAUUCCGGCUGAUAAGGAAGAUGUUUUCCUUCAAGGUGAGCAGAUGGAUGGGGCUUGCCUGCUUCCGGUCCCUGGCGGCAUCCUCUCCCAGUAUUCGCCAGAAGAAACUAAUGCACAAGCUGCAGGAGGAAAAGGCUUUUCGCGAAGAGAUGAAAAUUUUUCGUGAAAAAAUAGAGGACUUCAGGGAAGAGAUGUGGACUUUCCGAGGCAAGAUCCAUGCUUUCCGGGGCCAGAUCCUGGGUUUUUGGGAAGAGGAGAGACCUUUCUGGGAAGAGGAGAAAACCUUCUGGAAAGAGGAAAAAUCCUUCUGGGAAAUGGAAAAGUCUUUCAGGGAGGAAGAGAAAACUUUUUGGAAAAAGUACCGCACUUUCUGGAAGGAGGAUAAGGCCUUCUGGAAAGAGGACAAUGCCUUAUGGGAAAGAGACCGGAACCUUCUUCAGGAGGACAAGGCCCUGUGGGAGGAAGAAAAGGCCCUGUGGGUAGAGGAAAGAGCCCUCCUUGAGGGGGAGAAAGCCCUGUGGGAAGAUAAAACGUCCCUCUGGGAGGAAGAGAAUGCCCUCUGGGAGGAAGAGAGGGCCUUCUGGAUGGAGGACAAUGGCCACAUUGCCGGAGAGCAGAUGCUCGAAGAUGGGCCCCACAACGCCAACAGAGGGCAGCGCUUGCUGGCCUUCUCCCGAGGCAGGGCGUAGCCAGCAUGCAGGUGCAGGGCCCUGUGGUCCAGACUCCCCUGGGUUUGGAUUCAAGUCCAGGGUGAGCCCAUGUGCUGGAGAAAAUACACACUCAUUGGUCUCCUUGCUUUGAAAGAUCCAAUAAAGUCCUGAGGCAAGGUGUGGAAAACCAA